UAACCAGGAGGAAGUGGAUGUGGCGUGGCUGGGGCUUGGCGAGCAGGAUGGUGCUGCAGCUUGGUCCGCACGAACUGCAGCAUGUCUUCUCCUUCCUGGAUGCCCGGGACCUGCUCAGUGCUGCACAGGUUAACAAGGUCUGGAAUGAGGUUUCAAUGACUAAGGAACUGUGGAGGCAGCUGUGUCUUAGGCGAUGGGCCCCCUGCAAGGCCUUCCCAAUGGUCGUGGGCACGCAGACAUGGAGGCAGUACUAUUUCUGCCGGUCUGAGCUAGAGUUCCGUGUGGAAUCUGGGCGGCCACAGGACUUCAUCUGCAAAGCUAUUUCUGGGCACACAGGAAUGAUAGAUCAGCUGGCUUAUGUCUCACCCCAUGAGUACCGCUUUGAUGAAAGGGCAAGGUCUGUGGUUUGCACUGUGUCUUCAGACUGUACCGUACGCGCCUGGGAUCUGCAGGAGGGCACGGAGAUCUGGUCGAGUCCUGUGCAGCCUGCUCCUCUGGUGACUCUGGUGGCCUAUCCUCAGCUGCAGCUGGUUGUCACUGUGGACACACAGGGCUUGAUCAUGGGGUGGAAAGCGGAGACUGGGUCUGAGUGGGCCUCCUUUAGCUUGCCGACCUCCUGUUCUUCAAUGGAGGCCUGUAACCACCCAGAGGGCCCCUUCCUGCUGGCAGCCUGUGACGAAGGGACCCUCUAUACUAUGACAGUACCUCAGCUGCAAGUGCUCUCCAGAGUGGCCACGUUUCCUCACACCUCUGUGAGCCUCAUGUGCUCACCUGACACACAGUGGGUAUUUGUGUUUGCACAAGGUUCAGACUUAGGCCCAAAGGUGUUCUACACUCAGCCCUUGCUACACCCAUCAGAAGACAGACUUGUCUCCACUACCCUCCCUAUCAGGCAGAGCUCCAGAGCCUGCUGGGCUCCAGAUGAGGCAGCCAAGCUGACGGUGAUACACAGAGAUGACAGUGGCAUGCAUCUGGUUAUCACUACCUUCGAGUUAAAGGCCAACAAGUCCAGGGACAGAGUGAGCAUCCUGGCACAGCAACUGGCCAGCUUCCCCCUGCCAGACACUAUGACUCCUCACCUCAUGCAGGGCCACGGCUCCCAAACGAUCCUGCUCACCUCUGGGUCAGAGCUGGUGCUCUUCACCAUACAUGGCCUGCAGCUGAUGGCCUUUCAGGACCACCAGAGGCCCAUCACAUCUAUGUGGGUGGAUCCAGACCGUGUCAUCACCGCUGCCCUGGACCUGUCCUUGCGUGUCUAUGUGUGGAAUAAGAAGAACACAUCUCCUGUUCUCAAGAGCUGUUAUCAUUUGCUCGGAGGAUCUCACAGAUGGGCCAGUGGAUUCACCCACGUGAAGAGCGACAGCAGGAGCAUUGCUGGGGUGGAAGCCAGAAGCACUGGGACAAGUAUUCUGAGGUCAUAUUGCUACAAAGUUAAGCUUGGCUAGGUGCCACCAGUUGAAGAGGCUCUUGCUUGAUGUGCAUACAAAGUUCUCACCAAAGAUGUUGUCAACUUUGGAAAAAGAACUGGCAAGAUACAUGCUGUCUUCUCACAGUGAGCCAGUGACACAGUGGUUUCUAUCAUCUUAUGUUUCACUGUCUUGCUCAGAAAAACAAGGGAGAAUAAGUAACAUCUUCAGCCUGUUUUCCAGGUGGUGCUGGUCAGACAGAGUGAACUGUAUGUGGUAGUGGUAAAAGCAACAGAGUUGUUUUGUUAUCAAGAAUGUAAUUAAAAUAUUUUUAUCUGCC